AUGGCACCCAAACGUUCUCGGGACGACCCAAUUUCCGAUGACAAACCCGCCGCGGAACCUCCAAUCAAGAAGAAGAAAGGUUUUACUGUUGGACCAGCAAAUCUUCCUGAUGGCACUUAUCGUCGCAAAGGUUGGCUCUGGACCCGUCAGAUCUACACGGCGAGAACCUCUACUAACGCUUUUCUCUCAUUCAAAGCCGAGGAACUUGCAUCCGCGCCCUCCAAGUCGGUCUACGAAACCAUCGACCAUGAUACCGACAAAGACGGCUCCUCGCCGCAAGAACAAACCGCAGUGGAGAUGCAUCCCGAGCGACAGGCCAUGUUGAACGAACCCGAAGCCGAGAAAGCACCCAAACCAGACCACCCACAAGACCGGAACGGUCGUCGCAAGCGCAAACCCAAGCCGUCUGCGUUCGCCAAGGAAAUGGCGAUUGCAGAGCAGCGCCGAAAGGCGGCUGAAAAGCGGCGGGAGGAGCGUGAGUUCCGGCAGAAGGAUCGUGAGGCCAUGGCGCGCGCGCGUCGUCCAGACCAGCAUGGCAAACGGCGGCUAGGCCGAGAGAGUCAAGUCUUGCUAAGUCGCGUGCAACGAAUGGUGGGUCAGACGUAA